AUGACUACUGGAAAUGGAGUUGGCUUUGUCAUAUUCUGCAUUUGCUCUCUCCAGUUAUUCUCUAUCUCAGCUUGUUUGACUCCAUCGUACUUGAGAAUCAAAAGCUCGUGUGCCUACGAUAUAUGGCCGGUAAUAUCAUCAAAUCCCGAUUCACCGGUGCUUUCCAGUGAUGCAAAUACAGGAUUCUCACUAAGGCCGGGCGAAGCGAAGACGGUAGCCCUUCCGCCCGGGUGGUCAGGAAUCGUAUGGGGUAGAACCCUUUGCACCAACUCACUAGACGGCCAUUUCUUUUGUGUAACCGGAGACUGCGGCUCCUCCACCUUGGCAUGCCCUAGCGGAACAACCACUGCUGCCACGCCACUAACCACUACUUUGGCAGUCUUCGCAACAGCGGCUGCCGUCGAUGGGCAACUAUACACGACCUAUUUUGUGAGCCUUACGACAGGAUAUAACCUUCCGAUGACGGUGGUUCCGAGAGGUGGAACAGGAAGAGAUUGUAGAGCCACUGGAUGUACUGCGGAUCUAAACAAAGGUUGUCCCGAAGAGCUUCGUGUUAUGCAUGAGGAUGUGCGUGUGGGUUGUAACAUGGUGGAUUGCCAAGAUCCGCACGACUGUUCAGGAUUAACUGGUUAUUUCAACUUCUUUAAAACCACUUGUCCCUUAGCUUAUUCUUCUUCUAAUGGCCACAGUACUAGUACUACUUUCGCCUGCCUAUCUGCAGCUGUGGAUUAUAUGUACGACGUUACAUUUUGUGCUUCAGGCUUCCCAACAAACAGUAAUACUUACGAGAGAGAGGAGUACUAUAAGAGGAGCAGGCCGAGUAGUGAUGAUGAGACGAGGAAGAAGCCAAACCAAAAUCUGAUAUUCAUCGUCGCAUCUCUUGGCAGUUCCAUGGGAGUAGUGGUGGUGUUGGGAUGCGCUUGCGUGUUUGUAAUCCGGCGUCGAAGCGAAACGGAAACCGAUAUUAAUCAAUCAACAACGUCGUCGACUACUACUCAUGAUACUUAUAUUGGUUUUGGUUGCAGCAUGAGGAUGAACAUGUCUAAUGUUCCGGGUUGGAACAUUGAACAAGCUGCACCACCUAUCUCAACUUAUUAA